ACCCACGGUGCAUCAUCCAUUUACCAACCCGGUCCAGCUCUCUCUCUCUCUCUCUCUCCACUGCGGCAUGGACUCACUUCUCUCUGCUCAUCUCUCCCCUCCCUCUCUCUCCUCCUACACACCCCAAAACCUCCGUCACCCUUUUUCCAAAUCAAUCAGUUUCUCUCUCCGCCCAUAUACACCACCACCUCUCAAAUCCUCACUCACUUCUCAGCAACCCAUCUUACAGUCCAACUCCAAAACCCCAAAUUCUAGUCUUGUGUUCGACCUCGAAGAACCCAGUAAUCUCUCUCUCCUCUUAGCCUCGGCUCCGCAGACUCCGGCCACCGCGAUGCGCGGCGCCGAGUCCGAUGCCAUGGGACUGUUGCUGAGGGAAAGGAUUGUUUUUUUAGGGAACAACAUUGAUGAUUUUGUUGCUGACGCUAUUAUCAGUCAGCUUCUUCUGUUGGAUGCUCAAGAUCCAACUAAAGAUAUUAGACUAUUUGUCAAUUCUCCUGGUGGGUCUUUGAGAUAUCGUUACCAGCUUGGUUGCCGAAAGUUUAAUCUUGUCUUCUACAACGGAAUGUUUCCACCACAUACUGCACACUCAUUGAGGGAUAACUUUUGGGUAGUUGUGAGAUAAUGUUGAAACACAGUUGUACAUAUAGAGUGUGAGAUUUUGAAGAUUGUUAAAAGAAUAUCAUUGGAUCUUGACUUUCGCACCUAAGCGGUUGAAGCGUCUCUUUUAUACUUUUCCUUAUUGGGAAGAGGAGGGGGAUAAGAGGUUUAAUUUUCCAUUGAACAGAUGGUAUAAUGGUUGCAGCUAAAAAUUGGGGAUAGAUGCAUCUAUAAUCACAUAUUUAUAGUGGAAUUACGAUAUGCGAAUAGAAGAUUUCACAUGGGAAUCUUGGUAUAGG